AGCCCCACCCAUCUCCCCAGCCCCGUCGGGCCGCGGGCCCCACUAGCCGAUCGUCCCCGCGUCUUCCUCCCGGGUCAGCCUCGCUUCAGCCUGCACUGCGCCCUCCCGGCCUAGGGCGUCGCUGUACCGGCCUCGGCGCUCCACACGGACGCCUACAGCCCUCGAGCGGGGGCAGGAGGCGGAGCAGAGUGCUGGGGGGCGGUGUCCCCGCGGUCUAGGGUCCGCGACGGUGGCGGUGGCCGAGUCGGUGGUCCCUGCGCGAUGGCCGCGUCGGUGUUGUGCUGCCUGUGGUGCUGCAGGGACGGCGGGACCGGCCACAUCCCCCUGAAGGAGAUGCCGGCCGUGCAGCUGGACACGCAGCACAUGGGAACAGAUGUUGUUAUUGUCAAAAAUGGAAGAAGAAUAUGUGGAACAGGAGGUUGUUUAGCCAGUGCACCUUUACAUCAGAACAAAAGCUAUUUUGAAUUCAAAAUCCAGUCUACAGGAAUCUGGGGUAUUGGUGUUGCAACUCAGAAAGUUAACUUGAAUCAGAUUCCCCUUGGCCGAGACGUGCACAGUCUGGUGAUGAGAAAUGAUGGAGCCCUGUACCACAACAAUGAAGAGAAAAACAGGCUGCCAGCAAACAGCCUUCCCCAGGAGGGAGAUGUGGUGGGUAUUACAUAUGACCAUGUAGAAUUAAAUGUAUAUUUGAAUGGAAAAAACAUGCAUUGUCCAGCAUCAGGUAUACGAGGAACAGUGUAUCCAGUUGUUUAUGUUGAUGACAGUGCAAUUUUGGAUUGCCAGUUCAGUGAAUUUUAUCAUACUCCUCCACCUGGUUUUGAAAAAAUAUUAUUUGAACAGCAGAUCUUCUGAAUGUGUUUGUUUUUGAAACUUGUAUUUCUGUACUGUUAAAAGUGUUUUUCAUUAAUAAAGCUUUACCUGACCUAUAGAUGAAAAUAUAUUCUUAAAGAUAUGCUUGUUAAUCCUGUCUAAGAAACCUGUGUAUUCAUUAUAACACCCUGAAGUUGUGAUUUAAAAUACUUACAUUUUGUGAAAUAAAAAUCACCAUUUGGGCAGUUUAUUUAAUUCUUACUUAAAUAAAUAUAACUAUGGAUUUAAUUAACAGUAUUACAUGGCUGUAUAUAUGUAUAUAUACACACAGAUAGAAGAUAUUUAAAAAAGAAUCUUACAUGAUAUAUUUGUUUUGAUAGAGAUGUAGAGUGGGGUUUUCUUUCAUUCUGAAGUUUAGACCUCAACUAUUUUAAGUCUGCAGUUCAAUAAUUUUGCAUUUCAGUGUCCUUUUUUAUAUAGUCUAACAAAGUGAGAAAUUCAUAUUGUUGGCAGCAUUUAUUUUUGGCAGUCUAUUUACUGUAUACUGUACCACUUUUCUUAAAACCUAAAUUACAUAUUUUAUUGUGUAAUGUCUUUGUUUUUGAUAUGCAUUGUGAGAGGAGAUUAACAUCUUAGUAAUUGUCAGAACAUUUUGUUGAAAACCAUCAUGCUGUGUUACUUCAAUUUCACAGUGAGUGGUGGUUGAUUAGUAGUGUACACUGGCAGACAUUUAGAAUAGUGUGGUGCUUUAAGCUUACAUUUAAAUGAGACUCUUCUUUUAAGGACUUCAAAUAUGUGUUUUCUGUAAGGAAUAAUAAAAUAGUUAUAAUUAAGAAAUAG